GGCAUUUUUGUCUGUUUAUAUAGGGUAGGGGACAGGACGUCACGACCUGUUCCACGACAAGGCAUCACGAAGAUGUAAGUCUAGAUAGAUGUUACAGCGAGCAAAAGUUUCUGGAAAGCAUCUAAUUCGUCAGCGUUCUUUCUCUGCGGCAAACGCCAGUGGUGUUUUGUCGGGUGUCGACUGAAUAAAUGCACGGUUUUAGAUACUGUGUGCGCAGUAUAAUGCUAUAGCGGCAGAAUGUUGCGCUCAGCCUGCUGUUCCCAUUAGCUCUCGCGCUGGACUAUCCGUCCGUGGUACAGUGUGACAGAAAGUUCCGGAAUGGAUGUGAAGAACCUGAAGGAGUACCUGUGCUGGCUGUACUACCAGUACCUGCUCAUCACGGGGAUCUACGUCCUGGAGCCGUGGGAGCAGUCCAUCUUCAACACGGUCUUCUUCACCAUGGUCGCCAUGGUGAUCUACACGUCCUACGUCUUCGUGCCCAUCCACGUGCGCCUGGCGCUGGAGUUCUUCUCGGGGCUGUGUGGGGGGCAGGAGGAGAGCACGGUGGCCCUCAUGAACUAACGGGGGCGUGUCCCUAGGAGGGGGGGUUCCUCGGGUG